AUGCUGACUGCUAUACUGCACAUAUUCUGUGUCGUGUUCCCAGCGCAGGCCGUCUUAUGGAAUUUCGACGAGGGUCCCAUUCACAUCUACAAGAAUGCCAGAGGUCCCUCCGAGUUGGAGGACAGCCCACUGUCACCGCGUGAUGAGGCAGCCACCCAGAACGCAAAAAUAUUUUUACAACAAUUCCUUCCUACGUUGGACACAACACUAAUGCGAUCUGUCAAUCGUAUCCAUCUACGCGAACUAAACACCGUAGUGGCUCUAUACCUAUACAAUUUUAUGGUAAAUGGUUUUCAGCAGGCUACAUUGGAUAAUCUAACAGUUCGCCUUGGAGGAACUAUUAGACUGGACUUUAACUUGAGCUUCCCCUCAUUAACAACAGACGGUAUAGUUUUUGUAAACGGAUUGAUAGAUCAACAUCACUUUGCUUCGAUCGCCAAUUUGAGCACAGUUUCGAAUGAUGUGAAGGUUUCAGGAGUGCUGACUGUAGCAACAAUGUUGUUACCUUCAAAUAUCAAUGUGUUUCAAAUCGUGGACGCCGCAAUCAGUAUAGACGUCAGCAAAAUUUUGAUUUCACUUGAAAUAAUUCAAGAAUUGGUGGACUUCCAAAUUACGUUAAUGGAAUUUACGAACAAGCGUUUAGAGGACAUCGUCAAUUCAAUAUCCAGAGUAGUGUUUAAGCUGAUCAACGAAGAACUUGCGCAGGUUCCUGCUAUCUCUGUCAUCGACUACCUCAUAUCUAAACAACAACCUAAACCUUCCGACAAAAAUCGCAAUUUGCAUCUUAGAAGUGAAAGAUACGUUGAAGCAUAUCCAUAUUACUCAUAUGAGUACAUAAAUGAAUAA